AUGCAGAAAUAUGUGUUUGCGCUGCUGAAUUUGCUAAAGUGCGCGGCAGCCAUCCAACACUCCUCUAAUGGUACCUUUCUGAGGCAGGAAGAGUUAGGCAUCAAUGAGCCCAGGAUCCCCUUGCAGCUUGUCAUGACGGCGAAGCAGGGGUCUUUCGCUGAGCUACCACAGGAGGUGCGAGACAACGUUCGCAAUACUUUGCAGCUGAAUCCUGAUCUGCGGGUUCGAUUUCUUAAUGAUUCGGAUUGCAGUGACUUCAUUGCUUCCAAUUUUGGACCUGAUCUGCAUUCCGCGUACGUCAACGAGAAGUACGGGGCUUACCGAGGCGAUAUUUGUAGAGCGGCGGUGGUUGCGCUCGAGGGUGGGUUUUACGCGGAUUUGGACAUUCAGUUCCGCGUUCCGUUCUCGGACAUGGUAGAUGACGAUACAUCGUUUAUGAGUUCAUUUUCUAAGGACUGUGAGAUUUUGAAUGCCAUGUUCGCGGCAGAGCGCGGCAGCAAGGUGAUGCACCGUGUUGUAGAGGCGGUCAAGGAUUGGUACAGUGGGAAUGGGCCUACUAAUGGAUUGAUGGGUAUUGUCACGAUGAUGCACGGGCUGCAGAAAGUUGUGCAAGAUGAGUGCCCAGAGAUAAGCAUCCAGAAAGAAAGUGCACAGGGGCAUGAAGUUCUAUGCGGUCCUCACCAUCGUUUCCGGCUCUACAGGGAGCAACAUUUCAGGUGCCCGAAGGGCCUGGGUAGAUGGGGCCAGGACCCUCGUUACUUGCAGGCGCAUCCCGAGUGCACGCCAGCGCGAGCCAACAGCAACUUCAUCGGCGUGCAGUACGGCAUCUUCAGGCCCGGGAAGCACGCGGAGCGGGGGCCCCUGCUGGCUUGGUCCCGCUUUGAGGCCUGCAAGUCAUGGGGCUGCGAGCAGGAUGGCAGGAGGGAGGCCUCGCCCGUUCCGGUGAUAUGCCGAGCCUAG